AUGAAAACUAUCGGAUGCAACAAGCUCAGAGCUUGUGGUUACAGGUCCACAUCCAAUGGGAGCAGAGGUUCUGACGGUGUCAGCUUCUUCAUCAUCCAGGGCCUCAGCAGCCUCGGGGAUAAGCAGAUGAUCCUCUUUGUGAUUGUGCUGCUGUGUUACGUCAUCAUCCUGGGAGGAAACAGCAGCAUCAUCUUUGUGGUUCUGACCGACCCAAAGCUCAGCUCUCCCAUGUACUUCUUCCUGUCCCACCUCUCCUUCGUGGACAUGGUCUACACCACCACCACCAUCCCUAAACUGCUGUGCAGCCUCCUGUGGGGCGUGACGACCAUCUCGGUUCCCGGCUGCUUCCUCCAGAUGUAUUUCUUUAUUCAUCUCAGCGUCACCUCUCGCUCCAUCCUCACCGUCAUGGCGUACGACCGCUACGUGGCCAUCUGCAGGCCUCUGCGCUACGGCUCCAUCAUGAGCCGGCCCGUCCAGCUGCUGCUGGUGGCCGGCGCCUGGAGCUUCAGCGCCGCCUGCUCUGUGCCGUGCGUGCUGCUCACCUGGCAGGAGCCGUACUGCGGCCCCAACGUGGUCCGACACGGCUGGUGCGACCUGUCGUCUGUGCGGCAGCUGGCCUGCGCCGACACCACGGUGACCAACAUGGUGUCACUGUCCUCUGCGCUGGUGUCGCUGCUGAGCACGGGCGUCCUCAUCCUUAGCUCCUACAUCCUGAUUGGCGUUUCCAUAUCCAAGAUGGCUGCCGGUGAGCGGCUGAAGGCGUUGGGGACGUGUGCGGCCCACCUGAGCGUGGUGACCGUCUCCUACACCUCAGCCUCCUUCGUGUACAUCUCCUACCGGGUGGGCAACUUUCCUCCAGAGGUUCGUAUCAUCGUUGCUGUAGUUUAUGCUGCUCUUACUCCUUUCCUGAAUCCAAUGAUCCACAGUCUGAGGAACAAGGAUCUGCGAGAUGGCAUCAGAAAAGCUUUGAGAAGGUUCAGGUCUGCUGCAGUUUCAGCCACAAAGCACGUCAAUACAGAGUCAUGA